CUUACAGGUAUCAACCUCUGAAGGUUCCUGACCCUGCGCUGGACGACUUCCCCUUCGCAGACUCCCAUCAGGCCGGACUCUGCAAACCUGCUUCCACAAUGGGUGGGUGUGAGCGCUGGUAAUGAGGAGCUGUGGGCGCAGCCAGCCUUGGAGAUGCCGAAGAGACGGGACAUCCUCGCGAUUGUCCUCAUUGUGCUUCCCUGGACACUGCUCAUCACCGUCUGGCACCAGAGCAGCCUCGCACCUCUGCUUGCUGUGCACAAGGAUGAGGGAAGUGACCCCCGCCAUGAGGCACCACCCGGUGCGGACCCUAGGGAGUACUGCAUGUCCGACCGAGACAUCGUGGAGGUGGUGCGCACAGAGUACGUGUACACGAGGCCGCCACCGUGGUCCGACACGCUGCCCACCAUCCAUGUGGUGACGCCCACCUACAGUAGACCGGUGCAGAAGGCAGAGCUGACGCGAAUGGCCAACACGCUAUUGCAUGUGCCCAACCUUCACUGGCUGGUGGUGGAGGAUGCUCCACGCAGGACGCCCCUCACAGCGCGCCUGCUGCGCGACACUGGCCUCAACUACACACACCUGCACGUAGAGACACCACGCAACUACAAGCUGCGAGGUGACGCCCGAGACCCUCGCAUCCCACGUGGCACCAUGCAGCGCAAUCUGGCCCUGCGCUGGUUGCGGGAGACCUUCCCACGGAACUCCACUCAGCCGGGCGUAGUGUACUUCGCAGAUGAUGACAACACGUACAGUCUGGAGCUCUUUGAAGAGAUGCGCAGCACAAGAAGGGUGUCCGUGUGGCCUGUGGCCUUCGUUGGCGGCCUUCGGUAUGAGGCCCCCCGGGUGAAUGGGGCAGGGAAAGUGGUUGGCUGGAAGACAGUCUUCGACCCCCACCGGCCAUUUGCAAUAGACAUGGCUGGAUUUGCUGUCAACCUCCGGCUCAUCUUGCAACGAAGCCAGGCCUACUUUAAGCUACGUGGGGUGAAGGGGGGCUACCAGGAAAGCAGUCUCCUUCGAGAACUUGUCACCCUCAAUGAUCUAGAGCCCAAGGCAGCAAACUGUACCAAGAUCCUGGUCUGGCAUACGCGAACAGAGAAGCCAGUGCUGGUGAAUGAGGGGAAGAAGGGCUUCACUGACCCCUCGGUGGAGAUCUGAAACUACACAUGCAGUGACUCUGAGGCAGACUCCUGAGGAACACCUAUUACGUAGACUGAGGGCUUCCAAGAGAGCCCAGCUUGAUGCCAGGACAAAAGACAGAGAAUUUAAGCACAGAAUCCCAGACCUGUGGUUCUCUACAUCAACAAGGCCAGGGGCUUAAAAGACCCAAGUGCUGGGGAUUCCCGUUGCCAGCAAAGCCUGUGCUCAGCACACCUCCUUGGAAGCUUCCUGCAUUGAUGAGGCUGUGUAAGCAAGGGGACCCUGCCUUCGAGUGAUGCUGGGGUGAGGGAGGUCAGAAAACGCCACUAUUGAGUGCAGCAUGGCUGUCCAUGGCUCCCUGCUCUUGGGCCCAGCAUGACUACACAGCAUGUGCCCAGCCAGGACAUCCUGAAGACCAGAGAGCAGCCUGGGGCAUGAAGAUGCCCCAACACUUGUCUUUCACACCUGCUCUUCCUCAGAGCUGCUCCCAAAUCAGAAAUACCUCUGGCUCUCCUCUGGUUCGUGUUUACAGGGCAUAAGGCUGUCUUGGAUCCCACCUGGCACCCAGCCCUGCAUUGGGGGAGCCUGGGCCUACCUACAGCUCCCCUUGUACCUCAGGCUGUAGAAGAACCAAGCCCUUCCCCGUGUCCUUCAAGCCUCCUGUGCCAGAAUCAGCCAGGUGGUGGGCCUAGAGCCAGCACAGGUCACGGAUUGACCUGGAUUGAGAACCAAGUCACCCCACAGUCCACACUGCCUCGCCAAUACCCCUGGGCUGCAAUGCCCCUUGCUGGGUUUGGACUGGGGAGGCAAUUGCCCUCUUCCUGGAACCCCUGAGAAUCACAGAUCUCAGGACUGGAGGUAACAGUAAUAAACAGGCAGAGCUCUUCCUGAAAAGUUUGAGGCCCAGCAAUCCCAGCCCUUUUCUGAGCCAAUCCUAUGAGGGGUGCAUUAGCAGGGGCUCAAGGUCAAGAGCAGGAAAUGUCUAAACACUGAAAGGGAGACCUGAGCACAUACUGCUUUGGAAGUCACUCUAUCUUACACAAAACGGGAAAGCUUGCAAUGCCAGCCCGCCUCAUGCCCACUGCCCCUUCUACGCCCCAGACAGUACGCUCACGCUGUUAUACCUACCCACCUGCCCGAGAGAAGCAUCUGCCUGGGUAUUCAGCAGCCCAGAGGCCCCUGGUUCUGGCUGCACGGGGCCCUCUGGUGGUAACCUCACUCCAGCUCCUACAAGUUGGAAGCACAAUUUUCCCCCCAAGUGGGGAAAAGGAAAGGGCACGAGCCCACUGAAGAAGCAUUUAUUUUUUAACUGCUAACAGCUCCCCCGCUCCAUUAAAACUCACAGGAUGGGCCCGAGAGUCAUUCAGAAUCCACUCUUGGGUGGAUGAGACUCAGUCCACACAGCUAACUUUCAGAGAAUAGCAUCAGCUGCCCAUUUUGAAAUGGAUUUAACUUCCCACAGUCUUCGGGAAACGACCUGAUGGGAUAAGACCCCGCAGUCACCCUGUAGGACAUCUCCCCCGAACCAUUCAUACUUUUGGAUAUUGGUUUACCCCUUGGCAUCAAAUGAGGGGCACAGGGAAUCUAUCCAAUGGGUGAAUAUGUCUGGGCACCUCACGCUCAUUCAUAGAAACUGUUCGUGGAUGCCAAGGUCAAACGGGCUGCCGAGGCCACCUUUUUAGCCAAACACAGUGCUCUUUUUAGGAAAUCGAAAAUGAAAAAAAACAAAAUGGGGAUUUUUAUUUUUCACUUUUUGGCAGAUGCUACUUCAGUUGUUUUCACAUUACGUCCCCUCUUAGCUGCAUGUGUAUUUAUUUAAAAUUACAACCCCGGUGGACUGCGGCCUUCAUCACGGUCGGGAAUGAGUUUGUUGCAAAUCAGAACUGGGUCCAUGAUGACAACUGGCUCUCCAAACCCAGGCUGUCCCCUGCUCCCUUGCUGGAAAGGCCCACCACAGAGGAGUUAAGCCAGGGGUCCAGGAGCUCCGUGGGCAGAGGCUGGCGUGAGGGUGGAGCCCAAGCUGCUGCGCCAUCUGGUCUGUUUUUAUUUAACUGUAUUUAAUUUGUUUUCAAAAAAAAUUAAAAGUCAAAUAUGGUUUUUAACAGUUGUAA